GAGGACCCAAAUAAACUAUUUUUUGAAGUUGGCAAUUCCUGCCAUGUGAGCCAAAGUUUGUUUUUAAGGAUGGAUAUAAACAUUAAAAACCUUUUACAGAGAUGGGAUCCUAGACCUCAUGAAAAAGCCUAAAUAAGCAGGCUCAGUGACUGAACAGAGCAAAGGUACUUCCUGUUUACACUUUGCCUGAACUCUCUCUCUCCCCCUCUCCCUUCUCAAGCCCACCUGGAAGGAGUCACUGGCCUCACUGGCGUCCAAUGCCCGCCACGCCCUGCUGCCCCGACGCUACACCAGGAGGGAGGCAGAGAGAAGAAGGGAGCUCACUAGAGGAGAGUCAAGUGGAGACCCAGCACACAUCCCAUGUGGUGGAGCCCUAGUGGAGCAGCAACAGCAGUCAACCCUCCCUCAACAAUCACGUGACUUCUGGGAAAAAGCAGCCCCGGUUCCACUUCCUUCUCCUGCUCCAGCUGCAGCCUCUCCCUCUGCACCCUCAGCUACUGUCUGCCCUCAGGUGCAGGUGGAGUCCAAGGCCCUGCAGACAGAGGAGGACUUGCAGACUCAGAGGAAAACAUCCCUUCUCCAGAAAGACCUACACCUCACUCAGAAAGUCAUGAGGGAUCUGCAGAGAGACAAGUGGCUUCUAGAGAAGGAAUUCCAGGUGUGGCGUGCGGCAACCCAGUCAGAGCACGACUCCCUGGAGGAUAGGUAUGCUGAGCUGGAGGCCACCAUGGAGACCCUGAGCCAGCACAACCAGAGCAUGGAGCAGGAGCUGCGACAUGUCAGACACGCCCUGAGCCUGAGGACGGUGAACACUGGUGAUGUACCUCACCCCUUCCACACGCCACCAUCCCCGGAUUACAGCGAAGGGAUGGGCGGACCCCAGGAUUCACGGCCAGAGAGUCCAGCAUCACAACAUCUCUGCGGUGAGGAAGGCGAGGAGAGUACACGGGAGGAGGAGAUCGCAGAGAUGAACCAAGAAGCGGAGGAAGAGGAGUCCAGGGAAUGUUCAAAAGAAGAAGAUGACUUUGAACUCUCUCUCAGGUCAGACUCCUCGGGCAGUGGCGAUGACCCGCGACCCCCAGACGCCACCUCUGCCCCCCCGCAGUGUGUGGACGGCACUGAGGAACCCUUACUGGGAGAGGACACUGGCGGAGGUGACUGUGAGGAAGAGACACUGUGUGGCAGGAGCCAGGAGGACCACCAGGGAAGUGCCUCAGAGGAAGAGGACGAGGGAGAAGAAGAACAGCUCUGUGAAUUGCAGCAGGUUCACAGCGGAGAGAUGUGCUCUUGGUGGCAGCGCAAGGCGUCGGAGAUUCUGUGUCAAACCUCGUAUCCAUGGUGA